AUGGUGGUGGUUGCGCGUUUCCGCAAGGAAGAUGCUAUCACGGGGAGCCGCUUGGCAGGAUGUGUCUCUGGCGACGACAUUCUCGACGCUUUACAAGGUCCGAUCGCUGCCCUCGAUGAAAAGCGCGCCGGUGGGAAAGUUGCGAGUGCCAUUCGUUGUUCAUUGAGACCCAUCGUACUUGGCCUAAGGGUCUUCCUUGACGUGGGCGCCGAGGUGGCUUCAUCUUCGGGCAUUCCUUGUGGGAACGCCAUCUUCGUCGCCAUCAGUGUAUUGUUACGAGCAGCAGAUCGCGUAGGCGCAAGGUCCGAUGAUCUCAUGAAGCUACUCAAGCACUAUCAAUCCUACAUCAGACGCUUGAGCAUUAGAAUGCAUGCCGCGUUCGGCGACGAAGCCAUAGCUUUGGCCGUAGAAGGCUUGGUGUCGAUGCUACGGGCGUUCAUGUUAGCCACGAAGUCGAUGCGAGAAGGCCGCUUCAAGCAGUUCUUCAGGGCCUUGUUCGCAAGAUCGGAUGAUGUCCAGGAGGCUAUCACAGCUUUAGAUGAUGUUAUAACUGAGGAUGAAAGGCUGACGAUGGUGGAGCUGGUGGUCGGCGUACAUGAUCUCACGUUGAGUGUGAACGAGAUUCUUGAGAUCACGGCAAGAUCAGAGUCGGUCAUCUCUCGCGUGUUGACCUCUGUGUGCGAUAUGCACACCGAUCUGGCUGGUGCUAUCACAUCAGCUCACCAUAUCCACGAAGCCAAACUCGAUCGCCUCGAACACCUGAUGAGCACGAACGCCGAAGCUCUCACCAGGAACCACUCCGCGCCGGACCCUUCGCGCCUUCCCGUCCAGCCUCGUUCGCAGUCAAUGAUCUCACUACAUAUGUCUAUUGAGAUACCCUCAGUACAACUGGAGUCUCUACGCGGUCAGGCAAAUGCAUUCCUCGCAUCCUUGACAAAGUAUAGCGAUCACGAUCGGGUCAUCAUCAAGCGUGCUUUGGCGAUGCUCUACGCCAUCGCGACGGAGAUGGUCGCGGAUAGUCCGGACGGCUCGCUGAAGGUGGUCCGUGCCACGCUAGAGAACCCUGCGCAGGUACUCGCCGCCUUCGUACCAAUGGCUUGCCUAUUCCUGUCAUUUUAUGCGCUUUGGCGAUGUAUCCUUCGGCCCAUUUGUUUCGCUCCCGGAAGGGUUGUACUGAUUGACGUGCUGGGCAAAGUCUUCGUGCUGGAGGAUGACGCUUUCCUGUCGGCAGAGGGCCUACACGCGUUCCUCAUCAAUAACUUCGCCAGACGGGAAGGACUACGUCAUGUGCAGAAUCGGGAGUACACAAUCACGGACGCUCAGCGCUCCGAGGUCGUAAACCCAGCCACGUGGGCGCAAACCACGGCUAUACAGCCUGGUAUGACUCUCCUUAUGAGCAUUGUCGUUCAGCGCUCAGCGCUUCGUUGCCCAUACUGUCGGGUCUCAAGCUCGUCAAGUCAAGUAGAUUUGAGUGGUUCUGUGACAUGCUCGAACGAGCGUUGCAGGCGCGCGUAUCAAGCCCAUCGGGGACAUAAACCCCAAGGUGGAGAGGGUAUGGAGGAGGUCGAACCGAACGAUCAUCCUGAAGAUGAAACGGCCGAAGAUGCUAUAGACGCCAAACAAAGCGCCGACGAUGCUCCCGAACAAGGACAGGCACCACGAGCGCACGUCCCCAACCCCAUGAACAGCUUUCAACGGAUCCUGGUUCUCUAUACGUCGGAGGACGCAAACAAUGCCGACUCAGACAGACUUGACAAACCGAAGCCUCAGAGUAAGGCUGACCCAGCGCUUCCAUCGCAGCCCUCACAUCGAAAGUCUGGGAACUCUUCGGAGAGAUUCAUCAGCGGGGAUGUGUAUGAUACCGCACGCGUGCACUAUCGUGACCUUGAUGCAUUCCUCAGAUCGAGUGAUGGCCAGCGUUCAUCGCAGGGAAGCCGUACUAUUGCGCGUGCAAAACUCGUUCGCCUCACUCGAAAUCAGUUCUUUGAGCAAAUCUGUCUUGCCGUCCACGAUGAGUUGGUUCGGAGAACCAGUGCGAAAGGCUCUGUUGAUGACGUGUUGUUUCUGCCCGCGCGGGAGGACCUUCCUCCCAAGAGUAACGAGGCGCGCGCGAAGUUGUCGACGCUUCCAAUGCCGCGCUUUGCAGAUCUGUCGUCGGAUGUUCAUCAUGAGCUUGGACGGCGUUGUCCCGAGUUUGUGGAGGCGGUUGAAGUAUGA